GCGGUAGUCGCAGGUAGUUGCGCUCUCUGUGUCGUCGUCGGAUUCCGUGGCUGCGGCUAUGAAGCAGUCUUAUAUAGAUGGACAGGCGCAGGUCCCACGGCGAAAGGUCGUGAGUGUGUGGGUACGCGUAGAGUAAGAGUAAGUAACUCUGUGUCUCGCUCACUCGCACCGCGACGAGGAAUCGGUGUGGAGCGCGAGUGAAAGACGAAGAAGCGAGUCAAGCGAGCGAGCGAGCGAGGGCGAGCGAGCGCGAGUCGGGCCAGCGAGCGUGGAACGGUGUAGAGCGAGCGAGCGUGUGGUGGUGGUGGUGACGACUGGUGCCGUGGACGGACGGUCGGUCGGCGGUCGGACCGUGGUGUGUGAAGAAGAGAAAAAUUCGCAAGUGGUGUGCUGGGUUGGUGAGCUGGCUGGUUGAGUGGGUAAUAUAUAUCGGGGUAGCGCCACGGACAGUGCCGGGGAUUUUUGGUUGUCGUUGGGGCCUGUUGCCGAGACGUCGAGGGACGACGCGUGGAACCGAAGAAAGAAACCGCGUUAACAGCAAUGUCCGACCGGGAAAGCCUGGACGAUCAACCGCAAAGAUAUGGUAAUCCAGGCGGAAUGGAUGCUGGAGGGACUGACUUCGACCCUGGUCAGCAGGGUCAGCAGGGAGAGCAGGAGCUGGCGACGAAGAUGCUUCAAAUUCAGAGUAAAAGAUUCUAUCUCGAUGUAAAGCAGAACAGACGUGGGAGGUUUAUCAAAGUAGCCGAGAUCGGUGCGGAUGGAAGGAGAAGCCAAAUCUACCUGGCGCUCAGCACAGCGUCCGAGUUUCGAAACUACCUUUCGACGUUUAGCGACUUUUACGCAUCCUUAGGUCCAGCGAGCUCGGAGAACGUGCCGGACGACGGGAAACUGAAGUCGGAAGUGAUGACCAAGGAUAACAGGCGGUAUUACUUGGACCUCAAGGAAAAUACGCGCGGCCGUUUCCUGCGGGUGAGUCACCCUGUGUCGCAGACGAUCACACGAGGAGGGCCCAGGACGCAGAUCGCGAUACCGGCGCAGGGUAUGAUCGAAUUCCGUGACGCGUUGACGGACCUCCUCGAAGAAUAUGGCACGGACGAUGGCGGCUUCAAGGGUGACUUGCCGGAGGGACGGUACAUGCGCGUGGAUAGCAAGAAUUUCUAUUUUGAUAUCGGCCAGAAUAACCGUGGUAUCUACAUGAGAAUUUCCGAGGUGAAGACGCAUUUUAGAACAGCAAUCACCGUACCGGAGAAAUCCUGGGCACGUUUCCGUGAUAUAUUUGCAGAUUACUGUGAAAGAAUGAGGGAAAGAGGCGCCGGAAGCAAUGUCGGCAUGAACAGCGGCAGCGGAGGAAAUGUCUUGCCCGAGGGGAGGGGCUCUGUGGUGGCACAGGUACCAUCACCAUCGACCUCACAACAGCCUAACCCCAAUCCAAAUUUAGACUCUCCCUUAAUGAAGUGAAAAAGGCUUUAACUUAACUCGAAUAUUGGAAUUAUAACCGUAACUCGUUUUCAAGUCAUUAAGCGAACUAAAGGAACUUGUCAGAGUCUAUGCCAUCGUCAUCGCCAUUUUCAUCGACAUCGUCAUCGUCAUUGUCACCGUCACCAUCACCGUCAUCGUUAUCGCUAUCGUCGCUAUCACCGUCACUCGUCGCCGUCGUCAUCAACUGAAAACACCAAAACUCGCCUGGAAUGGUUAUAUAUUAUCGCAGGGAAUCGCAAUCGUCGGUCGGCGAUCGUUGAUCGCAGGAUUCGCGAUCGCGCUGAUUCCGUUGACGAAACUCGCGAUUCGAUCAACGUCGUCGACCGAUUCAUGAUAAUCGGCGUAUGUCGAGGGGUGAAACGAUGAAGUACAGCGGAAGGAGGAUAGAUGAUGAUGCGUGCGUGUGCAUAAUCGUGUGCGCACGCAUGCGGGUGCGUGCAUGCAUGCGCGCGCGCGUGUAUGUGUGUCUGUGUCUGUGUGAGUGUGCGAAAAAGAAACAAGUUUGCCGCUCGUGCGAUUAACACAGAGAAUAGAAAAAUAACGAAACGACGGAGGAUAUAAGAAUUAUAUCGCGACGUCGUCCUUAGGUGGAUACGAGUUGCCAUCGAUAUUAACGUUAUGAGAGCUACCGUUCAUUUCCUGACUAUGUUUCCUCUCCUACGCCCCCUCUCUCCACGCAUUCGUUCGAUUCCUUUACGUUUUCGCUUGUUAAAGAAAUCUCUAAUCCGCGUCACCGCACGUUCGUUCGACGAGAAAAUUGUAAAAGAAAAAUUAACUCUUAGCGGGAAAUGGACCGUAGUGGAGAUCACGUUACAAUUGAAUUUGAUCGUUCAGAAUUUAUGAAUAAAUGAAUUGUUAUAUUAACGAUUAUAUCGCAGGGAGAAAGGAGAGCGUGGUGUGGGUAGUCGCGUUAGGCAAAGGUUAAGCGUGAAAAGCGGUAUCACGUUGCGCGGACCUAAUCGAGAAUAUGCUAGCGCGCGUUCGCGACUUGGAAAUAUAUCGAAUACUCACGAGUGCUACUAUGACGUACCGGAGAGCUUGAUGGAAUGCUUCUAGAUAGAAAUCGAAUUUGACGGAUCGGUGAUUUUCGAGAAAGGUUAGGAUUUUACGAAUUAACAGUUAACGAGAAAUUUACCAUCAAAGGAUUUCUGCUCGUGUGAAUCAGACCUGGACAAAUUUGAUUUUGAAAUAAGACACACGAAUAGCAUUUGGAAUCUUCGUAGCUUGCAGUACCUUUGCGUACCCCGACCCUGGAAUCCAUUUUUCUUUCUCUCGGGCGCGCGCGUAACUUCUCGUCGAGAGUCAAAUUGCACAGGGCAAAAAGCAUAGUGUUUACACGCUCGCCGCGCGACAACGUUGGAUCACAAUUUAGAACCGCGACGUCACACACACUCGUUUACGAACCGAACGACGUCUCUCUUAAAGUAAUUAUGAAAUAAUAUAUAACAUAAGCGAAGAAAGAAAUGAAAAAAAAAUUGACGCUAGGCAAAUACGAAUCCCUAUAAUAUGUAUAUUAUACAAAGUUAAUUAUGUUAUGUUUUGUUUCAUCGAUUCAUACGAGAAAUGCGCAUCCAGACACGAACGCAUGGUGUCUGGGUAUAGAAACGCCAGAACAGAAUGCAAUACACGAGUCAUAUAUAUAUAUGUACACACACACAAAGUCGAUACAUUGGACACAUACAUACUCACACGUUGGUAUAUUAGAUACACACACGCAUGCACUGAGAAAAACAUACCGAUACACGGAGAACACGGGGAAUUGAACAAUCUCACACAUACGCGCCCACACGCAUGCACGCGCGCGCGCACACACACAUACACACGCACACACACACACACACACACACACACACACACACACAGAGCAAACACGACAUAUUCCAUCAUGAAAGAUGAACGGUACAAGAGACGGUGUGCACGCGUACGUAAUUACGUUACGUUUGAGUGACGGCCGAGUUCUAACACAAUUGCAUAUUAGGUAUGUAUUAUACGAAUGCAUAUUAGGUAUUUAUAUAGAAUCUAUAUAACUGUAUAAUUGUAACGAAAUGCCAAUGUCCACGGACCCAGGCAACUGUACCACCCGGCAACGCCGUGUAUCAUUCGAAUUGAGGGGGGGUGCGUGUUGAGGGCCCGCAGCCGCCUAGGUCCGAGUCUCUGGACGCAGGAAGAAAGAUAACGAGACAAAACGAAUAGAGGAAGGAAAAGGCAAAUAAUAUUUCAAAACGAACGACCGAGUCGGAGGAGAAUUAACUGCAGUCAGGUUAUUUCUCAGUGGAAAAGGAAAAUCUUAAUACGCUUUGAUUCUGCAACGCUGUGCUAAUAUCAACAAUGAUAAAAGAAAAGAAAAGAUAAAAAAAAAAUAAGAAAUGAUGAAAGAAUAUCUAUCCGUUCUCUUGCGUUUCUUCAAAUCGAAACGAUAUUAAACCGAAACUAAUUAAUCGCGUGUUCGCACUGGUGCGAAACGUUAAUCGUGCAUCGGAACGGCAUAGAUGCGUUAAACGCAUAAAGUGCUAUUUAAUUAAAAUGACGCGUCCCGGUUCGUGCGUUAUCGGGCGCGUCUAACGUUUGAAGAGAUGAUUAAAAAAAAAAAAAUUUUAUUUAUUUUUUAGCAAUGAACCUAUUAUCUAUUUCGAUAAGAUAUUUCUUUGAUUGCAUUUCCUUCUAAAUCGACAAUUUCGGCUGGUCUGAAUUUACUUAGCACGUAGGAUUUUUGAUGAUAUAAUGAAAUAUAAAUCACAAUUAACAAAUUUCGAGAUACGCACGAGUGGGUGAACUGUCGAAAGGACGAAGAUCCCCGAUCCUCUUCAAUUUAAGAAUAGUUUGAACUCAAUGUGAUGAUUUCUUUCUUCUCGUUGUAUUAUUAUUAUUAUACUAUUAAUUAUUAUUAUUACUAUUAUUAAUAUUAUUAUAAAUGUUGUCGUUAUUUUUAACGCACCGGACGAUUACGUCGACAUAAUAUCGAACGUUAGAAUGAAAUAGUUUUGCACGGUACAGCGAACCUCGGAUCUAUCGUUUGCACGUUCGUCUUUUUUACGAUCGUUUUACUUGUUUGUUCUCUCUCUCUCUCUCUCUCUCUCUCUCUCUCUCUCUCUCUCUCUUCAUUUCUUUUUUUUGUACGCAACUUGUCAAACUUUGUUGAGUUCAAGGGGGUCGGUGUAAAGCCCGCGAUCUGUGCACAAGCACAUUGUCCAAAAACCGAGCGUUCUGAUGGAAACGGCAAAGAAAAGGCAUAGAGGAAUAAAAAAAAAAACUCGUUCACUGGCGCAGAUGGUAUGACAUUGUGAUCUAUACAAAUUACAAAUUACAAAGCAUCAACAAGUAGUAGAUAUUUAAGAUAUAAAUACACACGUACACCUACGGUGACCUAGACACAAUUCGUCUAACUAUGUUCGCGAUCGCGUGUAUAGAUAUUAUACACACAUUACACGAGACAAAGAAACACACGUUAUUAAAAAGUGAGGACGACUACAACGUACCUAACUAAAUAAAACAAACAAACGAUUAAAAUAAAAAAAACAGAAAAACAAAGGAACACAGAGAGACAGAUUAUAAGCGAGGGAGUAAAACAAAAAAAAAAUAAAUAAAAAAUAAAAAAUCGUCUGACACGUAAGAAGUAAGCAAAGUAAUAUAAAAGUAAAAAAAAUGAUGAAUGAAAGAUGGAAACACGACGCUCCUGCCACGCAGCGAGUCCUUAGACAGCUUUAAGAUAAUAAUUAUAAAUGAUAAAUAAUAAUUAUUAUUAAAUAAUAACGAUAAACUUUCUAUAUGUUGAAUCGUGUCUAGUGAGAGAAGUACUAUUGAAGUAAAACCAACAACAAACAAACAAAAAAAAAUUUACUAUCGCCACACACAUGGAUUAAACACAGUUUAUAUCGACCAUUAGUUGUCUAUCGAAUGUUCUUCUUUUUUUUUUCUUUUUUUUUCAUAUAGCGGAGAAGGUGAUUGUUAGAGAAUAGCUUUGGUGUUUCGUUUGCUGUUUUACAAAACGUUGUAACGGUUGGCGGUCGGCGAACCUUUUUGCUAGAAUGUUGAUGUGAAAAAAAAAAGUAACAAGGGGGUAGCCGAAAGUCCACGCCUACGAUUUAUAUUUGGUGGGGCUUUGUCCACUGCUGUUAUCAUUAUCACUGCUAUUAUCACGUAGGGUUUCCAUACCAUGGCCGCGUUUUCGCAAGCUGUACGCGUAGAACCAAUGAUGUCCUGUUACUAAUUAUAUGAUAAUUGGUCUCCUCGCGGGAGAGCGAGAGCGAGAGCGAGAGUGAGAGAGAACGAGAGCGUAUGCAUGUUUACCUUUCAUUAAUUCUACACUUCUUGUUAGUGUAGCGCUCGUCUAUGGCGGUACGUUAGAUUAAUUGUAAACCUAAUCGCGCCAAACUUUUAACUCGCAUUAUAAGCUGUUUUUGCUCGCGGCUUGCGACAGGAGAUUAUAAACGCCAUCGGUAUGAAAACCCUGCGCUCGCUGCGAUUAUUCUUAUUAUCAUUAUUAUUAUUACGAUUAUAUUGUCAUUAUACUUAUUAUUACGAUUA